AUGUUGCCACCGAAUGGAGGACCGGUUCUAGAUGACCGCGGCAAUCCACUGCCCGACUUCAAGCAAGACCUCAACGUAAUCGUCGAAUGUCCCGACUGCCGCGAACAGCCCCCCAACCUCGUGGAGGAGUUUUCCUCCGGUGACAUGGUUUGCGGCUCGUGCGGUCUCGUCGUCGGCGAACGCAUCAUCGAUACUCGCUCUGAGUGGCGCACCUUCGCUAAUGACGACCAAGGCAACGACGACCCUUCUCGUGUCGGUGACGCCGGGAAUCCCCUGCUGGACGGUGCCCAGCUCGAGACGAGCAUCGCGUUCUCCGAGGGAAGAGACCACAAGAACCUUGCGCGGAUCCAGAACAAGUCGCAAACCGACAAGAACACCAAGGCCAUCAGCCAAGCGUUCCGGGACAUCAGCGCCUUCUGCGACAGUAUCAAUUUGGGAAAGAACGUGGCCGACGGCGCGAAGCACAUCUUCAAGCUGUGCCAUGACAACGGCUUCAUGAAAGGAAAGCCUCAGGACGUCCUGAUUGCGGGGUGCAUCUUCAUCGCCUGCCGCCAGGCGGGUGUAGGUCGUACGUUCCGCGAGAUCUUUCAGGUCACCAACGUCAGCAAGAAGGAAAUCGGCCGCGUCUUCAAACAGCUCGAGGCGUUCCUUCAGAAGGUGAAGGAGCAGAACCCCGGCGGUAACGUCAUCCAAGACCUCAGCGGGUACAAGUCGUCGACGUCCACCAACGCGGAAGACCUGUGUACCCGCUUCACGUCACAACUCGCCUUCCGCAACUCGCAGAAGAUUGAGAACAUUUCUCGCGCUCUGGCCCGGAAGACGACCAGCGUGUCCGAGUUGGCUGGUCGCUCUCCGCUUUCGGUGGCGGCCGCCUGCAUCUACAUGGCGUCGAAUCUGAUGGGCGAGCCCAAGACGUCGAAGGACAUUGCUGGUGUUGCUGGUGUCAGUGACGGCACUAUCAAGACGGCGUACAAGUUUCUGUAUCACGCCCGAGAGCGGCUGAUUGAGAAGGAAUGGGGCGCUACCCAGACAGCGAUCGAUGGUCUUCCAGCGAACUAG